AGCUCCAAGUCGUUGCUACCUUUCAAAUCCUUAUAUGCAUCGCCUUCUCGAAGGAACUGAGCCUUGGCGAAUCCUUCUUCGGCCAGAAUCGUCCAGCCAUCAGUUGUCCAUCCCAUGGCUUCGUCUAUAGGCAGGUUCGCAUUCGAGCUUACUCCGCUGUGUCGUGAUGACGGAUCACAAAGCACAAGUCGUACGUGUGAAGUGGAUGGAUCACAGUCCGUACCUGGCUCAACAACGUGGUGGGGGGGGACGGCUUCGGGACGGAAUCGGGCGAAUCUCCACCGACCCCGGCGCAUCGGCGCGUGUCGGAUAACGUUAUGGUGGGGCUUCCGGAGCUCUGCUACAAGGGUUGAUUAUUCAUCACACUGUCGCAGGGACACCUGUUAGGUAGGUUUAGGUAGUGUAAGCAUCGUCCAGCUGAUCAAUCAACUUCAAACAACCUGCACCACAAACGACACAAACGACACAAACGACACAAAGAUAGGAGAGCCUUUCUCCCACCCCCAGUGUUUUCCAUCGUCCACCAUAACGUUGACACGGGGAAUCUCUAGGCCUAUUCAGGCACAUCUUACACCACUGACAUAAUCGACUGUCCACAUAACCGGAGAUGGGUCCCGCCGAUGCUGAUGCCCGCCGACGGGAGCGCGGUGUUAUUGCCCAGCGCGAGUACCGGAAGCGUCACGCAUCCAAGAUGCAGAAGCUCCAGGACGAGAACCAGAAGCUCAAGGACAUCAUCGCCGAGAUCGACAGGGCUUCCCACGGGCGCCACGCCCUGCCGGAUGACCUGAGGGCUGCCCUCGUCAAGGCUCGUGACCUGGCCGGCAUCAGCAUCAGCAACGACGGCGUCGGCGAACCAGAAGACGCCCACACCGACGAGGUGGAACAAGUGUCGGCAGGCCCACUGUUGCCCGAACAGCCCGCUCAUAGCCCCCCCGCGCCAUCAACCGCUGUUGUCAGACGCGCCACCACGCUUGAGAUCAAGUUCCCGCCGGACUAUCAACUCGCGCCGGACGAACGGUUCAGCCCCCGUCUCGACUACGGCCUUUGGUUCGAGGCGGACCGCGUCAUCCGCAUCCUCGACCCGCCGACGGACAUCGUGCCCUAUCUCGGCGCUGGCAUGCACACCCUUGCCGGCAGCAUCUUUUGGUCCACCAUGGACUACACCCUCGACCUCUGGAACUCGCGCUCCGCGCCGCCGGCCGUCCGGCUUCUUGACCGCAUGUUCAGCCAAUCACGGCACGUGGUGGACACGGGCUACCUCAUGUCGCUGGCCCAGGCGAGGGUCGACUUCAUGCGCAAGGGGUUCAUGUUCCGCAAGCUGUCGGAGCAGUUCGAGCGCAACACCAUGGUGGACCUACAGCAGCUCAUCAGCGAGCACCACAAGAGCACAGGUCUGCCGACCAAGUACUGGAAGAAGCCCGAGGAGGUCGCGUGGAACGUGCUGAGCCAGCUGACGCCGGGCCAGGCGACGCGCUUCCAGGCCGUCGUCGAGGGCAGGGGCGCCCCGGCCGACGAGGAGAUGAUGCGGUCGAUGAUCACCUGGCUCGCCCAGAAUUACGUCUGCUUCGGCGACGGGCCGCGAUGGAGCAACAUCAGCAUCUCCGUCGGCAUCGGUAGUUGGAUCAAGGGCGUCAACGACGCCGACGCGGGCGUGCUGAACGCUUCCCAGCUCUCGGCUGAGAUGCUGUCUUGAUCUAUGAAACGCUACCAGGCAAAGGACCGCAGACAAAGCGGUGACCGGGCUAAUCUAACAACUCCAUCCGCCUGGCGCGCUUGGCUAGGUCUGUCGCCCACGCCAGAUUGUAGUCGUCGUCGUCGUCGCCAGCAAGGAUCUCGUCGUACCCAGACCCCCAGCGCGACGAGGCAAUCUUGGUGUCUAUCCCCUGACACAAAAUCUGCUUGCUCCCAGCGCCCUCGGCCACUUUGUCCACGGCCUCGCAGAACAUAAAGGCCGCCCUGCCAUCGAGCCACUGAUCCUCGGCUAUCGGCCCGUCCCACCCCCGCGACCAGUCUCCGGCAUAGAAGACGGCCUUGGUCAGCGCCUUGCCGACCUUCUUCUCCCGGAGGAACUCAAACAGCUUGACUGCGUUGGCAUUGUUCAGCAGGGGCUGCGCCAUGGACUCGAUGCCGCUGCACGGCAAUUCUUCGCCCGGCUUCGGCCUCUCAGGAUACCCGUAUGGUCGUCCGGAAGUCUCCAGUUGGCGCCGGCACUCGCUCGCGAUCUCGAAAAACACGGUCACGGUAGCAACCUUGGGGAAACUCGCCGCCAACGCCUCGAGGUGCUCCAUCGGCCAGGUCCCGUUCCGGUUGACGUCGAGAGUGAGCGUCUUUAGGUUCGGGGCCAUGCGACCCAGCUCGGCGAUCUGCUCGGGCGACAUGACCCGCCGCUGCCGUUGUCCCAUUUCCGGCUCCCGCCAGUCGAGGCUCGUCAGAGACCGCGCGUGGUGGCGCAGGACAGGGAGGACGGAGGCGCCCGUCUCGCCGCUGUAAUGCCACGCGAGGUGCGUCAGCGAGUCUGCCGGCAGCCCUAGGAUGAAGUCCUUGGCCCAUUGCCCAGUGAUGUUCAGCGAUCGGAGCGAUUUGAGGUGCGGGAUAAGAGGCUGCAAUUCCGGUUGACCGUUCCAAGCCUGCUUGAGAGCAAGAUCCUUGAUGUGCGAAAAGUCCAUGGCUUCGAGCCAGAGAUCGAGGUUAGUCUUCUCCUUCUGCGACCGGGACAGCGGCAGCCAUCUGAGCCACUUCCACGCCCUCCCCGAUCCGAGCCACUCGAGAGUGUCCCAGAACUUGGAGCCGGUGCGGAACGGCGGCUGCGAUACCUCUUUCCAGUCCGCGUCGUCGAACUGGUAGCCCUCAAGGUCCAGCGAUUCCAGCUUCGAAGGGUAGUUAGAGCUCGACGAGAGGUCGAAGGGGAAGCUCCAUCUGUCGGGCCACUCGGAGCAGCCCAGCCCCGUGACGCGCAAUUUGAGGCCCUUGAUGCCGGAGCAGCGGGACAGUGUGUCGUGGACGUCCUGCAUCGUCGCGAGGAAGGGAUCGCCGGGCUCGCGUCUGCCGUAGACUGCGUUCUGGCCCGAUGGCACGACGGUGUCGAUGUAGGUCGGACAUUGGGACGGGGCGGCAAAUACCGACGACGCGGCGAGGACGAAGAAGUUCAAUAAGACGAAAUUGUGGUGGAAGGUAUGCAUGUUUGUGAUGUCAGAUGUUGUUGGGGCUGGGGUAUUUGUUUUUACAAUGAACGGGCGGCAGAAGCUGAGGCGCAUCCUGUCCAUAAGUAGAUAUCUACAUGUUGAUAUAUAUAUGUGCCUAUUUUUUUUGCGAAA